GGUUGUCGUCCUCCGCGAGGAGUGCUGGAUCGUGGCUUUGCCGAAAUAUCUUGUCAUCGAAUUCCCGCAGCAACCGAAUCGUUUCCCUGCCUGAGCUCCUCGACAGCGCCACGUACAAGUUGAAUAGGCUCAGACCGCCUGACGGCGGCGUGGCUAUGUCGAUGAUGACCCGGCCUAAAGUUUGUCCCUGUGAACGGUAGUCGGUGAACGCGUAGGCCCCGGUAACUGGAUACUGUCGUCUUCGGAUGGUCUUCGUUACACUGGCCCCGCCCGAUAUGGUGGUCUUCACAUGGUAUGUCGCUUUCCCUGGUUCGACCGGUAUCACACCUGCUGCGCGUCAAGUGUACCACCGCCUCCUGACCGAUGGGAGGUUCGUCGGGAUCCAGUAUAAUCUCCUCGAUUGUUCCUCGUGCCCCGUUUGUGAGGUCCAAAUCGGUCUCUAUAUUGCUUGUCACCAUCAGUUCCAUGCCGACCGCCAGUUCGAUGGU